AUGGCCACCGAAAACACCACCACAAUUUACGAGGAAGUCCGCAAGCACUACAGCGCUGCUUCGCGCAGCGUCAGUACCAAGUACGGAGAAGCUGUGGCCAAGUCCUUCGGCUAUACUGCCGAAGAGCUCGCAGCCAUCCCAGCUGAAGCCAACCUUGGCCUCAGCUGCGGCAACCCGCUGGCGAUUGCAAGCGUCAAAGAGGGAGAAACGAUUAUCGACCUCGGCAGCGGUGCUGGCUUCGAUGUCUUCCUAGCAGCUAAGCGGGUUGGCGCCAACGGAAAGGCGAUUGGUGUGGACAUGAACGACGACAUGCUUGAGAGGGCCAGGAAGAUCUUGGAGAGCCAGCCAGAGGAGGUAAAGAAGGUGGUGUCAUUCGUUAAGUCUAACAUCACAGAUAUGUCAUCUGUGUUGGAGGAUGGUGUGGCGGAUUGUGUCAUCUCGAACUGUGUCAUCAACCUUGUGCCAGCGGCAGAGAAGCCAAAGGUCUUCAAGGAGAUGUACCGCGUUCUGAAGCAUGGAGGACGUGUCGCGGUAUCGGACAUCUUAGCCAAACAGGACUUGCCGGAGCAGUUAGUCAAAGAUGUGGCGAUGUAUGUGGGAUGCAUUGCUGGAGCGAGCAAGGUGGAAGAGUACGAGACUUGGCUUAAGGAAGCUGGAUUCAAGGACGUCUUGAUCAUCGAUACGAAGUCUGAUCUUAACGUCUAUGUUGAGAUCGGGGAGGAUGGCGAGAAGAAAAGGAGCACUGAAGCGAAGAAUGACCUGUGCUGUGGCCAGAACCUUCAAAACUGUGCCUUAAUCCCGGCUGCUUCUGAGGAGUCUGGAGGCUGCUGCGGUGCCAAUAAGGCCGAGCCUGCUUUCCAGAAACAGGGCGAGGGAUGUUGCAAGAUGUCUGCCGGUGUUUCUUCAUCUGCCGGCUGCUGUGGUGCACCUUCGAGUUCUUCACCCGCUCCCAGUGGUUGCUGCGGGGUUCCGGUUCCUGCUGGUCUGGCUGAGUCACUGUCGAAGACUGAUCUCAAUGAAUAUGUCGGAUCUUUCAAGAUUUAUGCACUCAAGGGUUGA